UCAUCGCCCAGUGGUGCAGAGCAGAGAUAUGGAGGAAUAUGCCACAGCCAAACAGCCCCUUCUUCUUCACACGCUCCCGCCGUCCCGCCGCACGCUUGCUAACCGUGCGUUCGCCCUGGUUUACACGUGCGCCAUCCUCGCCGUGCUCUGCCGCCAUGCAGCGGCCGCCCUGGGCUCCGCCACCUUUCUCUCCUUCGUCACCUCCGUUACCUUCUUCAUCGCCGACUUGGUUCUAGGGUUCGAGUGGUUCUCCGCGCAGUCCUUCCGCUUCCGCCCGGUCCACCGCCGCGUCUUCCCGGAAAACCUGGAGAAAGUGGUGAAGAGACGGGAUUUUCCGGCGCUGGACAUCUUCAUAUGCACGGCGGACCCCUACAAGGAGCCGCCGAUGACCGUGGUGAACACCGCCCUGUCAGUGAUGGCUUACGAUUAUCCACCGGAGAAGAUUUCGGUGUAUGUUUCGGACGACGGCGGCUCCCAGCUGACUCUGUUUGCGUUCAUGGAGGCCGCCAGGUUUGCAAGCCAUUGGAUACCCUUUUGCAGGAAGAACGAGAUUGUGGACAGAUGCCCAGAUGCGUUUUUCGGAUCAAAUUAUAGUCAAUCCUCGGAGACUGAACAAAUUAAGAAGAUAUACGAAAGCAUGAAGUCAAGCGUGGAGAAUAUUGUGAAGAGAGGAGAAGUUCCAUAUGAGUUCAUCCCUUGCGAACAAAAACGUCAAGUAUUUAACAAAUGGACCAAAAGAUUUACUCGCAAAAAUCAUCCUACUGUUAUCCAGGUGUUGUUAGAGGCCAGGGAGGACAAGGACAUAACAGGUCAAUCCAUGCCAAAUUUGGUGUAUGUGUCCAGAGAGAAGAGCAAAAUGUCUUUCCAUCACUUCAAGGCAGGUGCCCUUAAUGUCCUGAUUCGGGUAUCAGCUGUUAUGACAAAUGCACCUAUAAUAUUGACUCUGGAUUGUGAUAUGUACUCCAAUGACCCUAAAACACUCCAUCGUAUGCUAUGUUACUUUUUCGACCACAAAAUAAAGCCCAACUUAGGGUUCGUUCAGUUCCCUCAACAUUUUCAUGGGAUCAACAAGAAUGAUAUCUACGCCACUGCGGUUAAAGGUUUGUUUCAAAUGAAUCCAAUUGGAUUUGAUGGGCUAGCAGGCACAAAUCAUUACGGGACCGGGUGUUUUUUCUCUCGUCGUGUAUUCUUUGGGGGCCCAUUAUUUUUUGUGGGCCCUGAGAUCCCCGAGCUUAUGCCAGACCAUGUGGCGGGCAGGCCUAUCAAGUCCCAACCAGUAAUGGCAUUAGCACACCAUGUAGCAAGCUGCAAGUAUGAAGAGCAAACCAAUUGCAACUGGGGGGCUAAGUUGGGCUACAGAUAUGGGUCGUUGGUUGAGGACUAUUAUACUGGCUUUCGGCUACAUUGUGAGGGAUGGAAGUCUGCGUUUUGCAAUCCUAGAAGGCCUGCAUUUCUUGGGGAGGCUCCUAUCACACUGGUUGAUGCAUUAAACCAAACCAAGCGAUGGGAUGUGGGCCUUCUCGAGGUUACAAUCUCCAAAUAUAGCCCGAUAACUUUCGGGGUCAAGAGUAUGGGGCUACUAAUGGGCCUUUGCUAUGCCAACUAUGCUUUCUGGCCAUUUUUGUCAAUUCCAAUCACCAUAUAUGGAAUUUUUCCUCAAUUAACUCUUCUCAACGGAAUCUCCAUCUUCCCAAAGGUCUCAGAUAAAUGGUUCAUCUUGUAUGUUUUUCUAUUUAUGGGGGCUUAUGGACAAGAUUGUUUAGACUUCAUGUCAGCUGAAGAGACCUUUAAGAGGUGGUGGAGUGAGCAACGAAUGUGGAUGUUGAGGGGGGUGACAACCCAUCUUUUCGGGUUUAUCGAGUUUGCCUCCAAGCACCUGGGAAUAGCUACACAUGGUUUUAGCCUAACUAGCAAAGUGGUAGAUGAUGAACAAAGAAAGAGGUAUGAUCAAGGCAUCUUUAUGUUUGGAGUCCAUUCACCUAUGUUUGUAUCGCUCACGGUGGUCGCAAUCAUUAACUUCAUCGCUUUCUUUGGAGGGUUGGUUAAAGUAGUUCUCACAGGUAUUGGAAACGCAGACCAAUUGUUUGUUCAAAUGUUUAUUGCUGGCUUUGUGGUUGUUAACUGUUGGCCGGUGUAUGAUGCCAUGGUGUUCAGGACUGAUAAAGGGAGGAUACCUACCAAAACCAUCGUCAUUUCCAUAUGUUUGGCUUCGACUUUAUACAUAGUGGCUUCUUUUAUGCUCGGCCAUUAUUAAUUUGUUUAGUUGAUUUGAUUUGGUCGUAUAUAGAAAUGUUUCAACUUCUAGAAUUUAUAUACAUAUUUGUAUAUGUACAUAUAUAUAUAUAUACAGUGGGAUUAAAGCUUUUCUAAUAUUGCAA